AUUCGAGGGGGCGGAGCUUGCGUCCAGUUACUUACUUCGGCGAGGUUCUGUGGCGUUUGUUUGGCGAAGUGUCAAACGUGUUUAAGCCUCUUUAAAUCUUGAGCAAAUCAUUCAGAUUUGUACGAUGAACAGCAUUAUUAGAUCGACAGCUCGGUGUCUUCGAGCGGGCGCGUGGCAGUACAGAACAGCGCAGAAUAAUGGAGAGCUGCUGUCUGGUUGGGCCCGCCUCAUGUGCUCCUCCUCAGCGGCCCAGAAGACUCUGGAGGAGAUGGUGAAGAAGGACAAAGUGGUGGUCUUCAUAAAAGGCACCCCCGCACAGCCCAUGUGCGGCUUCAGCAACGCCGUCGUCCAGAUCCUCAGAAUGCACGGGGUCGACAGCUAUGCUGCUUAUAACGUGCUGGAUGACCAGGAUAUCAGAGAAGGAAUAAAGACUUUCUCCAACUGGCCGACGAUUCCACAGGUGUUCUUCAACGGUGAGUUUGUUGGCGGCUGCGAUAUUCUUCUUCAGAUGCAUCAGAGUGGAGAUCUGGUAGAGGAACUUCAGAAGCUGGGAAUCAGAUCGGCUCUCUUGGAUCAAGAAAAAGAGUCCAAGUAGGAGUCCAAGUCAGCAAAGACGAGUCUUUGGGAUGAUUGUCCAUUAUAAACCUCCCAAAGGUUGACUUGACCUGCUGAAGUCCAAACAGUCCUCAGAUGACUGAAGGAAGUGAUGUCGAACCUCCCGAAUUCAGAAAAAUCACUGUAAAACACUUGACUUAGAAUUACCGUAUUACACAUGAUUAUUACAUUUCUAUUGCAGUAUGCUUGUCCUUAUUUCAGAUACUCUAAUGCUAGACCACUGCAUAUUUAAAAUGUUGUAUUUUCAAAUGUAUUAUUAAUGUAUUUUAGAUGUAUAUCAUUUUUUUUUUUUUUUUUUUUUUUUUUGUCAAUAAAAUAUUUUAAAGCACCCAUUGUUUGAAACUAAAGCUGCUGGGUGGGAAUUCUGCGUGUCUGAUGUCAUCAGAAGGAACAUGCUGCUUUAUUUGAUAGAGAUUUCCCUCUUCCUCAUUCUGUAACACGUCUGUCUUGUUAUUUCAUGUCUAAGAUAUGUUUAGAAGUUGUCUUACCUGAGAGAGAGAGGGUGAUACUCAACACCUUUGUUCCAGUUACUCAUGUUAGAUGCGCUAGUCGUGUGGAGAAACAGCAUUUACCUUAACAGUGAUACAUUUUAAAGGUUUUUGCAGAUGCAGUUUUGUGGGAUAAAAUACAUAAGCAGGUCAUACUUUAAACAUAUAAGUGAAGAGUUUCAUCACA